ACUGUCCCUGGGACUGCUGUCUCCUUAGGCCACGGAGGGCUGAACCAGCUGGGAGGGGCUUUUGUGAACGGCCGACCCCUGCCAGAAGUGGUGCGCCAACGCAUCGUAGACCUGGCCCACCAGGGCGUGCGGCCCUGUGACAUCUCCCGCCAGCUCCGCGUCAGCCAUGGCUGCGUCAGCAAGAUCCUCGGCAGGUACUAUGAGACUGGCAGCAUCCGUCCUGGAGUGAUAGGGGGCUCCAAGCCCAAGGUGGCCACCCCCAAGGUGGUGGAGAAGAUUGGGGACUACAAGCGACAAAAUCCUACCAUGUUUGCAUGGGAGAUCCGAGACCGGCUCCUGGCUGAGGGUGUCUGUGACAACGACACCGUGCCCAGUGUCAGCUCCAUCAACAGAAUCAUCCGGACCAAAGUGCAACAACCAUUUAACCUCCCCAUGGACAACUGCGUGGCCACCAAGUCCCUGAGUCCAGGACACACACUGAUCCCCAGCUCAGCCGUAACACCCCCGGAGUCACCGCAGUCAGAUUCCCUGGGCUCCACCUAUUCCAUCAACGGGCUCCUGGGGAUCGCUCAGCCUGGCAGCGACAGCAAAAGAAAAAUGGAUGACAGUGACCAGGACAGCUGCCGGCUGAGCACCGACUCCCAGACCAGCAGCAGCGGGCCCCGCAAGCAUCAUCGCACGGACACAUUCAGCCAGCACCACCUCGAGCCGCUCGAGUGUCCGUUUGAGCGGCAGCACUACCAGGAAGCCUAUGCCUCCCCCAGUCACACCAAAGGCGAGCAGGGCCUCUACCCACUGCCCUUGCUCAACAGCACCCUGGACGAUGGGAAGGCCACCCUGACCCCUUCCAAUACACCCUUGGGGCGCAACCUCUCGACUCACCAGACGUACCCUGUGGUGGCAGAUCCUCAUUCACCCUUCGCCAUAAAGCAGGAAACCCCCGAGGUGUCCAGUUCUAGCUCCACCCCUUCCUCUUUAUCUAGCUCCGCCUUUUUGGAUCUGCAGCAAGUCGGCUCCGGGGUCCCAGCCGGUGCCUCGGUCCCGUCCUUCAAUGCCUUUCCCCAUGCUGCCUCCGUGUACGGGCAGUUCACGGGCCAGACCCUCCUCUCAGGCCGUGAGAUGGUGGGGCCCACGCUGCCCGGAUACCCACCUCAUAUCCCCACCAGUGGACAGGGCAGCUAUGCCUCUUCUGCCAUCGCAGGCAUGGUGGCAGGAAGUGAGUACUCUGGCAACGCCUACGGCCACACCCCCUACUCCUCCUACGGUGAGGCCUGGCGCUUCCCCAACUCCAGCUUGCUGAGUUCCCCAUAUUAUUACAGUUCCACAUCAAGGCCAAAUGCACCGCCCACCACCGCUACGGCCUUUGACCAUCUGUAGUUGCCAUGGGGACAGUGGGAGCGACUGAGCAACAGGAGGACUCAGCCUGGGACAGGCCCCAGAGAGUCACACAAAGG